GGGCAGGUCAGUGGGCAGCAGCACCGCCCCCGGCACAGGACCAGCAUCCUUCCUGGCCUGGGGAGCGCCCCGAAACUGAGGGGCCCUCUUGGGACGUGGGAAAGCUCGGUCCUGCUCCACCAUCUCCCACCGCCCCGGAUCAAAGGUCUCUGGCAAGGAGAGAGCCAGCUGAGGCUCAGCACCCCGCCAGUUUCCCCCUCGACAGGACCGAGCCAGGAGCCAUGGCCGAGCGCCGGGCAGCCGCCAAGGGCCGGCGCAUGGGCUCCAGCCGGCGCAAGCAGCUGCGUGAGGGCUCCGGCAAGGCACCGGCUGCAGCCCCCAGCUCCGGCGAGGAGCCGCCGUGGGCAUCUGAAAUAAUGGAGAGGGUGCAGGACUUCUUCAGGGAGCGGGACAAAGACCAGGCGGGGUUUAUCACCCGCUCAGACGUGCAGAGAUUGCAGGAGGAGAAUUUCCCGUGCAGCAUGGAGGAGCUGGAGCUUGUCUUUGAUGGGCUGGAUGCCGCUGGCACUGGGCGGUUAAGCACCGAGGAGUUCAUUGCCGGGCUCUGGCAGUUCCUGAGCUCCCAAAAAGCUGCCAGGGAUCACCGCCAGUUGAAAACAACGUCCCGGAGAGUCCGCUUGGUCCUCCCCAGCCCAGUGUUGGAGGGGGUGGACAGCGAGGAGCGGAGACACUUUGCUGCCUUUAUGGACCAGCUGGGCACGGACGACAUCUCUGAAGAACAGGAGAUCUGGCAGCUCUGGGUGAAGCUCCGGCAGGACGAACCUCAGCUCCUGGGCAACCUGGAGGACUUUCUGGCCAAGAUGAGGCGCCGCAUCCAAGAGGCCAAGAGCAAGAAGGAGGCUUUGGAGAUGACCCUGAACAAGCGUGUGGCUGAGCACAACAAGGAGGUGCAGCAGCUCUGCGAGGCCCUGGAGCAGCAGAUUCAGCAGGAGCAGCAGCGACUGCAGCAGGAGAGCAUGGCCCGGAGCCACCAGCACGACAUGGAGUUGCAGCGAGCGCUGGAUGCCAGCGAAAGGGAGGUGCAGCGCUUAGUCAUGGCGCAGAUGGAGCUGGAGGCACGGUGCCGCAGCCUGCGCAGCACACAGCAAGCCACCAGCACUGAAAACCAGCAGCUGGAGGAGAGCAACCGGGUGCUGGAGGACCGCCUGCAGCACCUCCAUCAGCAGCUCCAGCAGACCCAUGGGCGCCUACGGACAGCGAGGGCCAUGGUGGCUUGGGAGCAUGUGGAGGAGUCUGGGUACAGAGUGGUGGCAGAGCUGCCCAGCAAGACGCCAAUGUCCCCACAGACAAAUCCAGAGAAGAGUGAGAAGUACCGCUCCAAGAUGCGGAUCAGGCUGGGGUCCCAGAGCACCGAGCCCAAAGCCAAGAGCAUCCACCAAGUGGUUUGGGAAAUGCCCCCACCAGAAAUAAGCCUUUUGGGACCCCAGCAAGGACCGAGCUCCACGGAAGAGGACCCCUUCCCAGAAUUUCUGAAAGAGGAACGCUUUUCUGACCAAAGCUCUUUGCUAAGAGAGAUGAAUGAUGCAAUAGCAGCUCUGAGCAAACAGCUGAAGCCACAGGCACUGGGUGCACCUCCUGUGCUGGCAGAAACUGCCCGUCACCCCCGGGAUGAUGCUGAGCCCCAAAUGGGGCCAGAGGCAGCUGCAGCCCAUGGCACAACCCCUGGGGUCAUGCGAGAGACCCUGUCCAGCCACAUCGGUCAUGAGCUGUUCGAAGGAGACCUGAAAGAGGGACCAGCCGCAGCUGAACUUCACGCUCCAGAUGCAACACAGGCUGGUGCGUCCGUGGGAGCCAGGCACCGCAGGGCUGAGGAGCCGGGGGCAGAGCAGGGAGAGAGUCUGGAGGAGGCACGGAGGAUGUUAUUCCUGCAAGGAAAGGGCACUGGUGUGAAGGAACUGAUGCUAAAGGCAGCUGAGCAUCCGCAAGGAGCGCUGGGAGAGAGCAUGGAGGCAGGAGAGCAGGCACUCGUGGAGAUGGAGGGAGAAGGAUGGAUGCAGGAAAAAAUAGGUUGGGAAAAGGCACAGCUCCUGGGAGAAGCUAAGGAAGCGGCAUUAAACCAGGGAGAAAAUCCGGAGGCAGGCUUUGAACCACCCGAGGCUGGGGAGGCAGGUCUGGCAGUGGGAUGGCAGCUUGCCGCAGAUGAGCUUGGCCUGGCUGCGGCUCCGGAGGAGUGUGCACAGCACCUGGGCACAGGGCUGGGGGAAGAGGCUGACCUGCCAUUGAGGCUCUCCGAGAAACUUGAAAUAAAGCCUGGAGAGCACCUGGAGCCAGAGCUGCCAUCCUGGGGUGAGGUGAGAGUGGGAGCAGCCCAGGGGGACGGUGUCCUCCCCAAGGUGACAGUGGCUUCUGACCCGGGGAUGCUGGAGGAAGAGCACGUCAGUGCGGAGGUGCAGCCCUGGGGAGAGACCUUGGAUGCCAACGUGCUGCCAGCCCCAGCCCAGCGUGGAAGCAGCGGAGGAGCUGGGGCCGAGGAAGGGGAGGUGGAGGUAACGCAGCCCAGGGAAGCAGAGCUGCAGCCGCGGGAUGUGUGGCGGCUAGGCGAUUCGGGACAGGCAGCCCAAAGUGAGCUUCAGGAGCAGGUCUCAGCACAGGCAGUUAAGGUGAGGCUUCACACUGCUUCCCAGCAGCCAGAGGAGAAGCCACCGCAUGUUAUGGAAACGGAGCGUGUAGCUGCCGGACCUGCUGAGCCUCCAAAGCAAGAGGUGCCGCCAGCAUCAACCCUUCACACAAGGGUCCAACAGGAGGAAGAUGCUGGCAACGAUCAGUCAGGGAUGGUCCUCAGAGACAGCUCACUGGGGGAUGCAGCCAUCAGCAGCAUGCAGCCUCAAAGGCGGAUCUUGGGAGAACAGAGCAAAGACCUCAAUGUUGGUCAACAGGAGAAGAAGCAAGAGGUUGGGCGUAAAACAAGCCAGGAAGGCAAGCCCAGCUCAGGACAGCCAGGGGCUGUGACUGCAGAUGGGGCAGGAGCUGCCCCAAGGGGUUCUCCUGAAGCCUCCCUGGACCCAGACCACCUCUACAACGUGCUGUUUGUCGGGGACUCCCACGUGGGCAAAACAUCAUUCCUGUACCGGCUGCACGCCGACACCUUCAACCCACACCUCAACGCCACAGUAGGACUGGAUUAUCAGGUCAAAAACAUCGUCGUGGACAACAAGCGCUUUGCUCUCCGCCUGUGGGACUCAGCCGGUCAAGAAAGGUACCACAGCAUCACCAAGCAGUUCUUCCGGAAGGCAGAUGGGGUCGUGCUGAUGUACGAUAUCACGUCGGAGUACUCCUUCUCAGACGUGCGGUACUGGCUGAGCUGCAUCCAGGAAGGAGCAGAAGAUGGAGUCGCUAUUCUGCUUCUCGGGAACAAAACCGACUGCGCUGCAGAGAGACGAGUCCCUACGGAGGAGGGGGAACGCUUGGCCAAGGAGCACCAGCUCAUGUUUUACGAAUGUAGCGCUGCCUCGGGCCACAACGUCUCUGAGGCCAUGGUCAGCUUAAUCAGGUUGCUCAAAGUUCGUGAAGAUGAAUUAAAAAAUAAGGCGGCAGAGGUACCAAAGCCACUCCAGAAGAAAAAGGGCUGCUGCUGAUGAUGGACAGAUACACACAUACCCCCCUGCGCCCCAGCCCUGGGGAUUUUAAACUGCAGCAACAGCCAGAAAAGGAUUAAAAUAGCCCUCAGCCACCACCUCUGCUCCCCGUGUGCCUGUCUUGCCCAAUCUCCCUCCGACGCCGAGAGCAAAAGCCGCGGAGGAGGAGCCGGCUGUCACCUGGCCCCUUCCCCGCUCAUCUCCUUCGAUUAUCCCAGAGCACACAAACCCUCCGAAAUAUUUGUUGGGAAACUUUACCACUUUCUUUUGGAAACAAAAAACAGGCUAAGGAAAGAGGCAGGAAAGGAACCCAGCUGGAUCCGAGAUGCUGGAAUGAUACUGGAAGCAGCAGGGAGCAAAAUUCAGUCUCAGGAUAAAAGAAAGGAAUACCAGGAGUCACCCAAAGGCCAGUGGAUAAAACGAGGGGGUUUGGGGCCGUCAGUGCUGCUGUGCGGCGGUGACUUUUGCUUUGGCUUUACAGUCUGAUCAGAUUUGAUCUCGAACAAUGAAACACACAGUAUAUCCUAAGUGCACUUUUUAAGUUUCUUCAGUUAGGCAAGCUAAAGCUAGUUUUUCUCUUUCCUGGUUUAUCGUGCCAGUGAGCAGUAACAGGUCUCAGCAGAAAACUGCUAAAAACCACUCAAAAUAAAUUCAAAAGCCCCAAGCGCACAUCCAGGAGAACAGAAAGAGCACUGGGGUGGUGGGAUACACGAUCAGAUAAAUGCUUGCAAGAGCUCUUUUCAUUGCAUUGCUCCCAGAGCAGAUUUUUGCACUGUUGAGGCAGAUCUCAGGAUGGGCAGGGAAAAGCAAACUGCUGCACCCUGUCCUCCUGCAGCUGAGACGGCUUCUGUACGAAGUACCGACUCAGUUUUAAAAUUCAGCAUGAAAAAUCUAAACAAGCACAUGUCACAAGUUCAAGAAUGUUUGUUUUUUUUUUUUUCUUUUUACAGCUUGAUGCAGGGAACUAUAUUUUUGCAGAUAAAGACAUAUAGACUAAAUUAAAAAAAAAUACAAGUGUUAUAUUUUAGUAUUUUUAUGUAUUACAUGUGUUGCCUCACCCCCAGCAGUUCGACAGCUGUAAUUAAAGACUGUGCUUACAUGCAGAUUUGGGGGGAAAUAAUUCUGCUCAGAUGGGUUUGCUUUUUGUUGCCAUUAUUAUUUAUAUGUAUAUUAUUGCAAAGCAUAUAUACUAGUAGCCGGUUUCUGCUUUACAAAAAUAUAGUGACAACAAGAGUUUGUUUUCUAAUAACACUAUAUAUUAAAAAAAAAAAAAGUAUAUCAGUCUGCGUGUUUCCGACUGUUAUAGCUCAGCUUUCUGUUUUUAGCGGUCCCUGACGGGUAGCAAUUGCAAAGCUAUGAGGCAUUGCGACUUCUAUAUGAAUAAAGGGCUGAGUAACUGAGACUAACAUCCCCAGUGAUGGAAAAAUUGCAGUUUAAGUUUAGUCUUUAUCAAUGACAAAUCUCCACAGGAGAGACCUGCAAUGUGCAGAGCCAGGUGAGAGCAGACUUUCUUGGUUCUGCUGCUCACAGAAUUACCCCUUUAAACGGGGCCAGCUCUGUGUGAUACCCAAAAGCGCUCCGUGGAAAUGAUGUUGAUUUGCAGAUGGAGAUGCACAGAGACUGGCGAUGGGCCAAGCUCCUGCUCAGAAAAAUCAGGGUUGUGAGCUGCACCAGGUAGGGCACAACUUUGCGGCGAUGCAGGACUUUCUGAGUCUUUUAGAGCUAUCGCCUCUGCACGCCCCAUCUCCGUGCUCCAACCCCUCUGUACCACUAAAGCUCCCAUCCCCUAAGUGUCUGCCCCCUGCCCCAAGCCAUCCGCCCUUGGCUCUAUCAUUAAAAGACUGACUUUUCUUAAUGCAAUAUAUUUAUACUCCCAUGCCAUGUCGAUUCCCUCUUUCCUGCAUUUCAUUAUAAAAUAUUUUUUACUGAUGGAGCAGUGGGAGCAGCCUGAGGACCACAGCUCCUCAGGAAGAGUUUAUGCGGCUCAGUUCAGAGCUGCGCCUGGAUUUGGUAUUCAGGGUGGAACAAUGAAUUUGUAUUUGUAUUGAAUUUGGUAUUCAGGUGGGAACAAUGGCUUUUUUGUUU